GCCCCCUGCGCCAUAAGGAGGCGGGGCUACAGCAAUGAGGUAAUCGGGGUAAACAGUAAAAAUGGCGACGUCUGUAGCCAGAGCGGAGCAGCUGAGUUUGAACGGGAUCAUUUACGAGUCCCAAACCAAAAAACUGACCGACCUGCCGACCGAGUUGCUUGAGCAUAUUCUGUGUUUCCCUGUCCUCAAACAUGUCGACGUUUGUAACGUAUCAUGCUGCUGCAAACGGCUGCACGAUGUCUGCCAUGGAAGAGGAAAGGUCUGGGAACACCAAUACAAAAUCAGAUGGCCAAGACUGCAGAGGUUUUAUCGUCAAAAUGAGAGCUGUGACUGGCUUAGGGAAUACGUAACCCGGCAUAGAGUUGGAAUACAGAUACGAAGGACAGUGGAAUCCAUUUCAAAGCGAUUCUUCACAGACGUUCCAUGCGUUGGCCAGGUGCUUGGAGACAGCUUUGCAGAGAUCGAGUCACUCGGGAUGCCAGAGCACUUCUGUGAAGAUGAGCUCCUCUUCAUACUCAACUCAGACAAGAGGAAAAGCUUGACCCUAAAAUACUAUGCAAAGAAAAUCCUUUACUUCCUGAGGCAGCAGAACAUCCUGAGGAAUCUGAAGACCUUCUUAGCCCAGCCCGCAGAGCAGCAGUCGGCUCUGGAAGGUGCUGUGCUGGUGGAUCAGUAUUGUAACCCACUGGCUGACAUCACACUGGAGUCCAUAUCACAACAAAUGGAUGAUGUGGAAGAAAAAGCAAAGAAGAUGUUGAGAAUUAAGAACCCUUCUCAUCCCAGCCUUCGGGUCACUAACAGUGACUGUAUGACAGAGGACUUUGAGCUCCAGAGGCAAGUCUUGUGGGCCCUGAACGCAGUUUUGUAUGAACAACUUCAGUACAAAGGCAACGAAUGCGACUACUACAACCCGCUCAACUCCUACAUCCAUCAGGUGUUACUUCGGCGGACAGGUAUACCCAUAAGCCUCUCUGUCCUUUACAUGACGCUCGCCCGGAAGCUGGGCGUUCAGCUCGAGCCCGUCAACUUUCCCAACCACUUCCUGUUGCGCUGGUGCCAGAGACCAAGAGGGAGUGAGGACAUCUAUGACUUUGUCUACAUUGAUGCCUUUGGGAAAGGCAAGCAGCUGACGGCAAAGGAAUGCGAGUACCUCAUUGGCCACCAGGUGACGGCAGAUUACUACAGUGCCAUUAGCACCACAGAGGUGCUGCUCAGGAUGGUGGGGAACCUGCUCAACAUCGGCAAAAGAGGGGAAGGAAAUGAGAAAUCUUACCAGCUGCUGAGGGAUUCGCUGGAUCUCUACCUCACCAUCAAUCCAGAUAACGUUCAGUAUUUGCUGCUGCAGGCGCGCCUCUACUUCCACCUUGGAAUCUGGCCAGAAAAGGUGUUGGACAUCCUGCAGCAUAUCCAGGCUUUGGAUCCUUCCCAGCACGGAGCAGUGGGCUACUUGGUGCAGCACACACUGGAGCACAUCCAGCACAAGAAGCAUCCCGUCACUCCUGAGGUGAAGCGGCGCAGCGCUCCUGAACACCUGGAGGUCCAGUAUUCAGUCGGCCUUAUUAUGAAACACAAGCGGUCGGGGUAUAACUGUGUGAUUUACGGCUGGGAUCCUAAAUGUACCAUGAGCCAGGAGUGGAUCAACACCAUGAGGGUCCACCAGUUGUCCAGUGGAGCUAACCAACCGUUCUACAACGUGCUGGUACAAGACGGGACGUGUCGUUACGCAGCUCAGGGUACGCCUCAUAUCCACCAGCAGGGGGCUUCUCCUGAUGAACCACAGAUUAGAACCUGGAGCCCCACUCUGCCCCUCUUGAGAUUGGGCACCCGGAGGUGGGCCGCUACUUCUCUGAGUUUGCCGAAACCCAUUACGUUGCCAAUGAAGAACUGCAGACACGAUACCCUGAGGACAUGAGGGAAACCCUGAGCACAGUGCAAGAGCUCUACCACAGAAUGACUCCUGGAUCUGUCAGCCGAAAUGACACUUCUGCCUCUGAACAAAUGAGCCACCAGUUCAAGUCGAUGUAGCAAGUGGUCCUGCUGACGAGGGUUAACAAAUACCUGUUCCCCUCUUACUCAAUUUACAAUCAUCCUAGCUGUUCCUUUAUAGCACUCAGAGACUAGGACUUCUUUUGUUUUUUAAAGGAAAGAUGGUUAUUGUUAUUGCUUUGAGACAUGUUCAAAUACAACCAUUUAUCUGCUGUAAAAACAAAGUUGAGGUCACUGGAUACAAAUACUAUUUCUACAUGAUGUAACACAUAUUCAUUUAAUUUUAAUCCAGUCAAAAAAGAUCAGUUUGAUUUUAAAAAGUCAAAUAAAAUACAACCCAAAAGUAAAAGGAAAAAAAAAAUAACUUCAAGUAAGCAGCUAAGUGGACUAGAAAAAUCAGGAUGUUUAUCCAGGUGCUGUAAAUCCUUCCUUCCCAAAUUCAGAGAAUGCUUGUGUUCCUACAUUUUCCUGCAUCCAGCACCAUGCUGCAGAAUACAAACCCAGUGCCACACCAGAGAACUGAAAAAAAAUGAUUACAAUAGUUUUAACUCAUGAUUUAACAGAGUAUCAUGCACUUAUGAAAGUUUGACUUUCACAUUCCUACAUUUACCUUUUAUUCUGUAUAUUUACAUGUGAAAUAUGUACGAUGCCAAGACUCAGGAUGUCUGUCAUGGAAUGCCAAAAUCACGACGACUUGAAAUAGCAGUGAGUCUAAGCUUGGUGAAAACUACAAAAAAUAAAGUGUUUCAAGAUUCUCUGUUGUUUUUUUCUCUAAAAUAAAUAAUGCAUUUAUUACUUUAUUGUGGGAACAUAUGCAAAAACAGCCCAAGAUAAAGGCAAGAAAGAGGCCAGAAGGUUCCCCCCAAAACCUAAUGUCUCGCAGAGUCUAUAGUGGAAAACAGAUUUUCAACUGUAGUGUAUUAAAAACACAAAUCUAACAUUAAAUGAGAGUAAAGAGUGUUUUAGGUCUGGCUUGGCAAGAUUAUUCCUCUUAAACUCCAUAAUAAAUGUGUUUUAACAAUUUAUGAA